ACAGGGCUGCACACUUGCCCAACCUAGACCUGAACGCAGAUCCUACCAGAGGCUGCUGCGGAGAAGUGGCUGGUCUUUGUCUGGCCGCCCCUGAGAGACUGCGAAGCACCAUGGUGGGAUCCCAUUUCCUGCCCCUGCUGUUUCUGCUGCUGGGCUCAGCCCUGGUAACUGCCGAAUGGGAUAGUGCAGACUCUCCUGGCAUCCACACUGACAGUCACACUCACCAAGGAGCCCGUCAGCCUCACCAAGGAGACCGUGAGGGUGAUGGGAACGGGGACAGGAUUAUUGAGGGCUACAAGUGCGAAAAAGGCUCACACCCUUGGCAAGUGGCCCUGCUCAAAGGCAGCCAGCUGCACUGCGGCGGCGUGCUGGUUGACAGGCGCUGGGUGCUCACGGCUGCCCACUGCAAGAUGGGCCAGUACACUGUGCAGGUGGGGAGCAAUGAGCUCGGAGACAGAAGAGCUCAGAGGAUUAAGGCCACAAAAUCAUUCCGCCACCCGAGGUACUCCACGCAGACCCACGAGAAUGACAUCAUGCUGGUGUGGCUCAAUAAGCCAGCCAGGAUGUCGUCCACUGUGAAGGCCGCCAACCUGCCCACCCGCUGCGAGCCUGCUGGGACCUCGUGUUCUGUCUCUGGCUGGGGCACUACAACCAGCCCUCAAGUGACCUUCCCAGCCCAGCUCAUGUGCACAAAUGUGAACCUCAUCCCCCACAAUGAGUGCAAGAAGGUGUACAAGGACCUGCUGGGACAAUCCAUGCUGUGCGCUGGCAUCAAGGACUCCAAGACCAACACCUGCAACGGUGACUCAGGGGGACCACUGAUGUGCAGAGGUACUGUGCAAGGCGUCGUGUCCUGGGGAACUUUCCCUUGUGGCAAACCCAACGACCCAGGUGUCUACACCCAACUCUGCAAGUACACCAACUGGGUGAAAAACACCAUGAGAAGGCAUUCCUAAUACGGCACCAGCAGUCAGAUCACCACUCCGGGCAGGAAAGUCACAGAAAUAAGGACAUCAUCGACCUCUAAAUGCCUACUUGACUUUAUCUUUCCUCAGAGAUGUAUUAAAACCUCAAAAACACAAGUCAAAAUAGCAAGGACUGGCCAGGGAUUUAGCUCAAUGGUUUCACCUCCUGCUGUGCAAGCACAAGGACCCGAGUUCGAUCCCUGGU